GUCAUUACGCAAGCAUAACGUUUGUCCUGAAGUAUGUUCUCAGUUCCAUUGUUUUUGCUCUAAACACCUGUUCAUUGGACGUUUACAAAUAGCGCAGUUCAGCCUCUAGGGCUCCAUUGGUGUCCCUGGUUUUGUACUCAACGCGGCGGUUACAAUCGAUGGGCGUAGGUAAACAUGAAGCAAACACUUCACCGCUGGUUACUGCUUGUUAGUUUGUCUUCUACAUUCGCCGAGAACAGUCCUAGUCUGCCGCCAUGCCCCAUCAAUCCCCAAUAUUUCCCUCAGAGCCUCCCAAUGCAUUGCAGGAUGCCAAGACACGCAAACCCCGGCGCUUUUCCAGAUCUGCCACAAUUUCCGACCUUACCUCCCAUACCCGAUUCGUUCUUUCGUAGUCUACCUCCAGAUAAGCAUCCUCCUCCGAUUCCAAUUCCAAUACCACCUUUUCCAGGCGUGCCCAUGCCAGGACCUAUGGGCCCACCUGGUGCGCCCAUGCCUGGGCAUAUGGGCCCGCCUGGCGCGCCCAUGCCUGGUCCAAUGCCAGGAAUGCCAAUGCCCAUGCCGAUGCCAAUGCCGAUGCCGAUAGUUGGAGGAGCUCCACACAAACUGCCAGUUAUUGUAAUGCCCUUCUACUCUCCAGACCACUCAUAUAAAAAGCCUCGUCCACCUCCACAUCACGAUCACAAAAAUAAACACAAACAUAAGAAGAAGAAGCAUGAUUCUGACACAGAAGAUGACAGUGCUACUGAUGAUUCUACUUCAUCUGACGGAAAAUCAUCAGAGAGUUCCAGCGAGCAUGGAUUCUGGAAGGGACGCAGGUCUGCACGGAGGCAUAUGCCAAGAAGAGCAGACCGUCGGCACAGGAUGAGGAGGAAGGAGUCUAGAAGCAAGAAGAACCUACUGACUCCCAUUCUACAAUACGUUACAAAAGACGGAUAUGUGAUAUUUGAAAAACAAAUAUCUAAAAAUGAAGCUAAUGACUGGUUGAAACCAAAAGAUGAAGUCAGUUUGAUAGAAGAGAGACACGAUGAGAAGGAGAGGGAUGGAAGGAAACAGAAUGAGAGAAAACAGAUUGAGAGGAAACAAGAAGAGAGGGAGCGAAUUGAGAAAUUUAAAAAUGUCGCUAAACAACCUCAGAUGCAAGUAAAAGAGUUACGCAGGAACGCAGAAAAUAUGAUGAAGAAGGAAGAGAGAAGUAGAGAGUCGGGAGAGACAGGAGCAGCCAAUACACAGAUAGUUAAAGUAAAGAAACAUCGGCCCAAGAAAGUGAAUGUUUUAAUGAACUAGACGAUAUAAGUUUUGUAUAUUUAAAAAAUGUGUACAUAAAUAAUUUAUACUUUUAUAUUAUAAUUGUACAAAUAAAAAAAAGAA